CGCUGUCGGGGCCAUGGGGCCGCCCGAGGAGGUGCGGGCGCGGCUGGCGCGGUGCGGGCAGAGCCACCUCCUGCGCUUCUGGGCCGAGCUGGGCCCGGCGCAGCGCGGGGCGCUGCUGGCGGCGCUGCCGCCCGGGCUGGGCGAGCACUGCCGGCUGGCGGCGGCAGCCGGGGCCCGCCGAACGGAGCCGCCGGAGCGUCUGGACGGCCGGAUGGAGCCGCUCCCCGACCGGCUGCUGGGCAGCGCCCGCCGCAGCGGCGCCGCCGCGCUGGAGCGCUGGGAGGCGGAAGGCUUGCACCACAUCUCACAGAACAAGGUGGCAGUGCUGCUCCUGGCUGGAGGACAAGGAACUCGCCUGGGUGUGAGCUAUCCUAAGGGCAUGUACAACGUGGGUUUGCCCAGUGGCAAAACCUUGUAUCAGAUCCAGGCAGAAAGAAUCCGCAAAGUGGAGCAGCUCGCUGGCCAGAGACAUGACUGCAAGUGUGCCAUCCCCUGGUACAUCAUGACAAGUGAGUUCACGCUGGCGCCAACAGAGGAAUUCUUUGUACGACACAACUACUUCAACCUGGACAGAUCUAACGUGGUGAUGUUUGAACAGAGGAUGCUGCCUGCUGUCACCUUUGAUGGGAAAGCCAUCUUGGAGGAGAAGGGGAAAAUUGCUAUGGCUCCAGAUGGCAAUGGAGGCUUGUACCAGGCUUUGGUGGAUAAUAAGAUCUUGGAGGACAUGAAGCAGCGUGGGAUCCAGUAUGUCCAUGUGUACUGUGUGGACAAUAUUCUGGUGAAAAUGGCAGAUCCAGUCUUCAUAGGCUUUUGUGUUUCCAAAGGGGCAGAUUGUGGUGCAAAGGUGGUGGAGAAAGCCUACCCCACAGAGCCAGUUGGGGUGGUGUGCUGCGUGGAUGGCCUCUACCAGGUGGUGGAGUACAGCGAGAUCAGCCUGGAGACUGCACAGCAGCAAAGCCCCGCCGGGAGACUGGUGUACAGUGCCGGCAAUAUCUGCAACCAUUUCUUCACAGUUGAGUUCCUGGAGAUGGUAGUUCAGAAAUAUGAGCCCCAGCUGAGGCAUCAUGUAGCCAUAAAGAAGGUGCCCUACAUUGACGAGGAGGGAAAUCUGAUAAAACCGCUAAAACCAAAUGGAAUAAAGCUGGAGAAGUUCGUGUUUGAUGUGUUCCAGUUCUCUAAGAAUUUUGUGGCAUUUGAAGUUUUGAGAGAAGAGGAGUUCUCACCACUAAAAAAUGCAGACACAGCUGACCAAGACACUCCUACCACUGCUCGGCAAGCCCUCCUGGCCCAGCACUACCGCUGGGCUCUCAAGGCUGGGGCCAGGUUUCUGGAUGAAAAUGGUUGUAGGAUACCAGAGAAACUCAGUCUCUCAGGAACCGAUGAUCCUCCAGCUGUGUGUGAGAUUUCUCCGUUAGUGUCUUACUUUGGCGAGGGUCUGGAGGCAUACAUGAAGGACAAAGACUUCCUUUCUCCCUUUGUACUUGAUGAAAACAAAGUCAAGGUGCUAGGAACUUCUUGAAGAGGAAGGAGAACUUUCCCCCUGAAGACAGAUAUCUGUCUGUCAGAUCCAUUAGAAGAAAUGACAUUGCUGAGAUGUCAGCUAUGAAGUGCAUUAUAAAAAAAUUGCUUUGCAUUUUUGAAUUGAUACCAAAUCCUUGCAGCAGUUGUGUUUACACACACGUACAUGCUCACCGGUUCUGCUUGGUGCCUUGGAAGGCUGUGCCUUUUUUACCUCAAUCUGUUUUGUAGACUUGGAUGUGAAUGAAGAUUAAUACCUUCUGUGUGCCAAACAGGUUUUAUAUUUCUUAUUUGCUAUGCAUACAAAUAUGUAAAAGAGCCAGUCAGGGCCUAAUAAAUCAGCUUUGCAUUCAAGAAGAUGAAAUCUCUUUAGUGCCUUGUUAGGUAUCUUGUAUGUGCUGGUGGAAUUUUGUUUUGUGUUCACAGCUGAAGAAUCAGUUUGAGGUCCCAUCAUGAAAAGUAUGGGAUGACUUUGUGUACUGGGGCCUUUUUCUGUGUAGAUCCGUCCUUUUCCCAAUCCUGUGAUGAUUAGAAGAGCCAGUUCAGCAUUUCCAUUCUCUAACCAGGUCAGAGAGAGGAAUCUGCUGUUGGUGGGUAUGCUCUCUCUGUAGGCAUCACUUGAGGUUUGGCAGUCCAAAGCAGAACAGACUGUUUUGCUUAUUCAGGCUUGCUGGUGCCAUUCCAAGAAAACGUAAGUAAAUACGCAGCUUAGACUGAUUGCUUUUUACAGCUGUACUGACCUGUUUGGUUUUUUUCUUAAUUAAGACAAUAUUUUUUUUUCACAACAACUGUCUGCUCUUCCUGUCUGUAACAAACGUUUCUUUUACUUCUCAUUUUUUUCUGUUUUAAUAUAUACCAAAUCCCUCAAAGAGGACUUUUUAAGUACCUGAAAGAAACAAGAGGAACAAAUCCUGCGGGAGUUUAAUGCUUAAUGAAAACAAAAUAAAAGUCUUAAUCCCAGCAUAACCAGUGUGCGCAGGAAAACACCAGCCUCUGCUUCUACAGUUUCUGGCCAGGUAGUUUUCCAGCACUCCUUCACAUAUGAAGUAAUUAUUCGGAUACCUUCCUUUUGACGAUGUUGCUAACCAUAGUGUCAGCUAAUUAAGGAUGCUAAUUGCCAGAACAUAUGAUUUUAUGUGACCUGAGCCCUAGCUGAGGACUGGCAGGGUGGCUGUGAUCCCCUCCAGCCUUUGGACUGCUGAGCCUGUGCCUUAACACACCCAAGUUGUUCCACCCUUGGUGAGGGUGCUCCAGGUGCACUGCUGGGCACCCUUACAUAAGGAGCACUCCAUACUUCCUACUUAAGGAAGCACUGCUUCCUGCUUAAGGAGCACUCCAUACACCCUAACAGUGUUAGGGAAGGUGAUGAGCAAGCUGCCUCGUUUAGAAUGUUAUUUCAUGCACCUGCUGAUGCUAUUUUAUUAAGCAUAAAUCUUUUAAAUCACUUCUGUGGCUUUUGGUAAUUCCUGACAUGAAGCUGUAUUCAGGAUGUCAGGGAAGUAUGAAAAUGGGAAGGCUUGUGUUUUCCAAAGAAAGCAUCUAAAUGCCAAUCUAAACAGAGUUUUCAGGUAUAAAGUGUCUUUGCAUGCACGUGAGUAAUGAGCCUUUUGCACAUGCAAAUGAGCUAAUGACAGUUCUGAUGACCUCACUUUGCAUGUGCAGCAAUUCCCACCUUUAAUAGAAAUAAAGCAUCUGUCCUUGAUGUUCAGUUCUGUAAUGGUUUUUGCACGGUGUUUCUGUGGGUCAUUCCAUUCCUGUCAGUCAAGGUUUAUAUCCAAGAACAGUCUGUGUUGUGUCUUCGUGAACAUGGCUUGUGAAUUCAGGCACCCACUCCUUUUGAAUUGCACUGUGCUAUAAAGAAAGGAUCUUUAUUUUGCUCUUUUAAAAGUGCUUUUUCUUUUGAAACUUCAGUUCCCAUGUGCUUUAAUCAUGUGUACACUGAGAUGCUGACAAGGUUUUUAGAGGUUGUACUCAAGGAAAAGCUGAAUUAGAAUGCUGGGUGCCUUGUCUGUUGAGGUUUUUUUCUGUGGUUCCUCAUUUUAAACUGGAAUAGAGAAUUUUGAGAGAACUUAAAAAAAAAAAUUAAUCUGUCCUGUAUGUAACAAAAUAAUUCUAAUAUGUGUUACAAAAUGAAAAAAUGAAACUUUUGGACACUUAAGCAUUUUUAUAAUAAAGAUGUUACUAUGAUUUC